AUGCAUAGCGUCCAGCGACAUUUUGGCAAAUACAUGAAGAGGAGCGCAGAUGAGCAACAUGUCUCACUCCUUCUCAAGGAUUUUGAGGAAGCAGAUCGGCUGUUGACAAAGAUCAUCGAGGCGUCCAAAGCAUGGAGAGAAGCGUGGAUUUCCAUCCUAUCCCAUCAACACCGUGUCUUUGAAGAAUUCGAAACCCUCUAUACCCCGAUUAUCGGAGCGGGCGACGACUACCAGGGCCACGUCCCAGCCCAAACUCCGGAACACAUCCUCCGUCGGGCGAACAGAAUCAAAUUGGAAUAUGCGGACUUGAAGAGAGAUCUCACGGAUGACUUGGCUCAAGUGGAUGACAGGUUGAUCAAACCGGCCCAAGAUGCCAAAGACAGCCUCCAGACGAUGCGGAAAACGAUCAAGAAGAGGGAGGACCGCAAGCUAGACUUCGAGAGAUACCAAAACAGGGCGGAUUCGGCUCUCAAGAAGACAAAACGCUCCGAGAGAGACAAUGCGGUUCUGGCAAAGGCCCAAUCUGACCUUGCAGCUGCCACUGAGGCGUACUCUGCCGCUGACGAACACUUGAGAAAUUGUCUUCCUCGUCUCCUGACGUCCGUCUUCUCGCUCCUCCCGCACUUUCUAGGCGCUCAGGUUCAGAUCCAGAAUAGCCUGCUUGGGCAUUACUACACCAUGCUGCAUGGGUACUGUACGGAGGAAGGCUUCCCUUCUCCGAGUCCCCCAAUGGACGAAGUCAUCAGACUGUGGGACGAUGCCUUUAAGCCUGUGCAACGAGAGGCCGAGUCGUUGGUGCUUCUGGCCAAUGGAAAAGCCGUCAGGGCACCCAUGAACCAAGAAAACACUCAGAAUCCCGUCAAUGGGUAUCGACGACCCAGUGCUAACUCCUCCUUCAGUCGUACACAGUCUGUCUCGCCUGCACGGGCCCUACCUCCUUCUCCAUCUCAUGACAUGAAGCCGAAGAUCGCCGCAUCACCGGGGAAUUCCCUACUGAGCCCUGUGACGCCUCAGGAUAUCCUGCCCAGUCCUUCACCACAAUCGGUCUAUCAAACUCCCAUGUCUUACUCGCCCGCUGCUCCCAACACGGACUACUUUUCUCGAGACCGGCAACCCUCCACCGCCUCGGCCGUCUCUACUGCAACCGCGGCAUUGGUUGCCCAGAAAAAGCGGCCUCCGCCGCCGCCUCCACGGCAACCUUCCCAGCAAGCGCUAUUUGUGACGGCUCUGUACGACUUUCAAGGCCAAGGUGAAGGAGAUCUCGUGUUCCGCGAAGGCGACCGAAUCAAAGUGCUCAAAAAGACGGAGAGCACGGAUGAUUGGUGGCAAGGCGAGCUGAGAGGGGUGAAGGGGGCAUUUCCCGCCAAUUAUUGUCAGUGA